AAGGAGCUGGACCUAGAGGAGGGUGGGGAGGGGCCAGUGAGUAAAGGAGAGAGAAGCUAAUAACUGCAAAAGCUCAGUGAGUGAGGAGGACCAGAAGGAGGAGGAGAAGGAGGGGCUCAGGAGGGCUGGAGUAAGCUCUGCUCCUAACCACGGGUGGAGGGGCAGAAAGGACGUGGAUGGGGGGCGAAUAACGUAGAGCUGCCACUGGGAUUGUGAACAAAGCUGCUGGCUGACUCACAAGUCCUUUGUCAAAAUUUAUUUUAAAAAAAAAGGAGCCGAGGGAAUUUGAGGAAGACUGGAGGGCUCCAUAAUUCAAAAGGUGCCUGCGCGGUCCGUCGUUGGAGGCUACUGGAACCACAGAAUGUUGUUCUUGCUGCUGCUUUCCACGAUGGAGCUGGGGUGGGCAGCACCCGACAGCCCACCAGGCAAAGAAGGUACCGUUGCGCCAAAGGCAAUGGCAACUGUCUUUCGAGUUGCCCAGCUUGGUCCCCGGGAGGACAAUCUCAGUCUGUCUAGCUUAUCUUGCGAGGAGUUCAACAAGACAACAACAGCCACCUUGUUUCUAGCGAACAGAAGCCUUGAAAGCUUCCCUCCCUGUCUGCCAAGGACACUACAAAGCUUAGACCUAAGCAGCAACCAGCUCAAGGAACUGAGAGAUCGGGACCUGAGGGACCUCUCCAGUCUUCAAGUUCUUAUCCUGAGGAACAAUUUGAUCCAAGAGCUUCACUUUGGGGAAACUCCUGUCUUUGAGAGCCUUGAAACUCUGGACCUAAGCUACAACAAGCUGUCAUCCAUGCCCAGCUGCCAAACCAUGGUGUUAAGGAACCUGACAUGGCUCUCGCUUGUGGGAAAUCCUAUUCUGGAAAUCCAACCUGGGGCAUUUUCCUGCUUUCCAUCCCUACGCUUCCUUAACCUGUCAGUUACGCUGUUGGGGAAAAAUGACCAAGAAGGAAUUCAAGAGUCAGCCUUUGCUCAAAGAAUAUUAGGCCAAGUUGGAGAAAGAACUCCUAUGCAUACCAUGGAAGUGUUGGAUCUCAGUGGGACUUUUCUUCAAGAAAUCCAGCUAGGAUGGACCAGAGACAUACCAAACCUCAGCUUCCUCUACCUGAAGAGGAUGGCAAGACUGAAAAGCCUUGACGGGGAAAUAUUCAAGGCUACACCUAACCUGAAAGUACUGGAUUGUCAAGACUCUCAAGCCCUGAGUUUUGUGAAAACAGAAAUAUUUGAAGAUACUCCUCAUUUGCAGUCUCUUCUACUCCAAAACUGCAACUUGAGUUCCUUCCAACCAUGGACUCUGGAUUCCUCCCAGGUCAUUUUCAUCAACCUGUAUGGCAAUCCUUUAACUUGCAGCUGUGACUUGUCUUGGCUCCUCUCUAACACAGACAAAAUGGUCCUGAGCAGGUCCAACGACACUAUUUGUACUCCAGCUGAAGACCCUGACAGUACAUUUUUGUCUUCUCUUUCCCUCUCCCAGCUGUACAGCAUGUGUCUUUCUAAAAGAAACACAACCUUUAUCAUAUCAAGCCCUCCUUCCUUGGAAAGCAGUGCUGAUAACAAUUCCUCUAACAAACCAUUAAGUGGAUCAAAUCAACCAGUGACACUGGCUUCUUUCAAUUUCCACAAAACAGAGCCCACAGCAUAUCCAAACACUACCAAGGAAAAUCCCAUCCUGAGCAAGAAAGCUACCUCUAAUACACUGAAACUUGCUCUGCCUACCCACAGUGUUGGAAGGAUAGCAAUCAUCCCUACAACAGUCCCUACAGUAGGUCCUAGUGACUUAGCCAUUCCACCCAGGACUGGAAGAACAGCUCCAACAAAACUAAGGGAAGAAAAUGCCAUUAAUCAAUCUACUAUUGGACCAGGUAUCUCAGUAUCUACUUCAGCCUCUACCCCAUUCCCUAGGAAGCACCCCAGGAUCCCCUCUCUCCCACACAUGGUGAGCACUCCCCAGACCAAUCAAAGGGCACAGACCACCACUGAGGGACAUCAGUCAAGCGCUUCAGUCAUAGGGAUUCCAAUCUACAUGCUGGAUGACUACAGUGAGGAGGAGGAGGAGGAAGAGGAAAGGAAGGAUGUACUUAAGCAAGAUAACCUCUGUGAUUAUCAUCCUUGUAAGCAUCUCCAAACUCCAUGUGAUAUACUACAGAAAUCAUCACGGUGUCAGUGCCCUGGCCUCAGUGGAGAAGACACUAUCCCAGACCCACCUAAACUCCAGGAGGUGUCUGAGACCACUGAUACAUCCACACUCAUUCACUGGUGUGCACCCAAUUCAGUGGUGCGAAUGUAUCAGCUUAUCUACCACCGUGAAGACAGAGCAGAGAAACAGACAGUGCUGAAAGAGAUCUAUGCCAUAGCCAGGGAGCACCCCUUGCAUGGGCUCUCACCAAGUACAACGUACAACGUGUGUGUGUUGGCAUCUAACAAAGCAGGUCUGAGUCUAACCAGAACCAGUGAAUGGAGAAAAGCAUGCACCACAUUUACAACAAAGCCAAGUUUCUUAUUCAUUUUUGCAGGUCUGUGCAGCACAAGUGGACUACUUUUACUUAGCACCUUUAUACUGUCUGUGUGUCUUUAUAAGAAGUGCAGAACAAGACAUAUGGAACAAUAUGAUACACAUCUUGUCUCCUACAAAAACCCAGCAUUUGACUAUCCAUUAAAACUUCAGACUUUCAAUUAGCCUAAGAGAAAUACCAAGAAGGCCUUUGCCUAAAAGCUCACUCUAGCGAACUGGAAACCUUUGAUCAAGUUAGGUCAAAGUCCUACCAAGGAAAAACAGAGGAGAUUGAUGGCCUCCAAGGACCCUGUUAGUGAUAAAUUUGUGAUCCUAUGAUUUGUCACUAUGAACACUACUGCCUUCUGCUUCCAGAGUGCUAAAGAAUGUAAUCACCGGUUUCCAAAUCUUCCUUUUUGACUACUCCACUUCUGGGAAUAGGUAGAAAAUGGAGGGAAGCAAUUUUAUGUGCAACACUAGGUCAUUCCCAGAGCUCCUCAGAUAAUUGCUGGUCACUUUAUACUUCAAGAACCCAUCAAUUCAUUGUAUAUAGGCACUCCUUUCAACCUGUCUAGAUUACAAGAACUGACAAUUUUAUAGUGCUUUAAGGCUUGGAAAGGAGCUUUAUAGCCAUUAUCUCCUUUGAGCCCCUCAACAAUCAUGUCAAUUGAGUACUACAGCUUUUAGGAGAUAGGUCUUAAACAAAUAAUAUGACAAAUAAUUUUCACCCUAUUGCCAAACUGGUGAUGGGUCUUCUCCAAACUCAGGUUCAUUCUUAAGACAACAGACAUAUCGUCUUUCCAUAUUGAGUCUUUCCAUACUGUCUGGAGUACUAGGUAUAGCAGUUCAGUUCAGUUCAACAUUUAUUGGAUGUCUGCUAAAUGCAAUCUGAUGUACUAUCUGGUUAAGCCCUUGAAUAUUUCACAGAUUGGUGCCACCUCAAUAUUUAAUAGAAACAUAUAAAUAGAAAUGUAAAAUCCUAAUGUGAGCAAAGGACUCUCACAUUACGGCCUUGCCUUCUUUAAGCAUCAAGUCCAGCUAAGAUAUAACUGAUAACAUGACACCGGGCAAGGGAUUUGUACAAGGAUUUGAGUGGAUUCUUCCCCUGAAGGUUGGAAUAUAUGGAUAUAAGUAUAGACAGAGCUUCUAGCUAUAUUGGCUGGGGGUAAACAGGAUUCCUGGUAUAUCAAUUUCACUUCUAUGGCUAAAAUAUCCUGCUUUCAAAAGUCAAAAUACCAGUACCAACUACUUUCCAGAGACACAAGCAAGGUGUCUACUCUGUUCUUAGUACCUGGGAAAAGCAACAUCUACUCCUAUGAACUUCAGUCUAUAAGAUUCUAAAAAAGAUCUAACCUACUAGUGAGAAAAAGGAAACAAGAACACAUUUUGGGGUUUUAGUGUAUUAAACAUGGACAAAAUAAAUUCUUAUAAGUAUACCUGUAGAUAAAAACAAUUCUCCUUCUAGUCUUACAAACCAUGCGAUUUUGAUUUCUUAUUGUUUCUUACUUUCACAAAAACAAAGAAUAAGUAAAUAUUGCUUAAAGCCUUUAAUGGUGGCUAUAUUUACUGAGUUUGGUUUACUGCUUUAGGAUUUAUUUGUAUAGAAAAAAAACUUUCUUCAAACUGCUAUACUCACAUUUGUAAAAUGGUAGAAUCAAUGUGGUAACACUGUCAUAACAAACAGCUGAAUCAUAUGGUCUUUUUAUAGAUGUAAAAAGUUUUAAAAAGCUACAUGAAAACCUAAGAUAAUCUGAUGAUUUGGACUCAAGUUACACAGGCAAUAUGGUACAUGAGCUUAAGAUAUUUUACAAAUUGGUCCAAACCCUUUUCACCCUAACAUGCAAUCAAAACAUACAUAUUCCAUCUGUGCUUAGACUAACAAAUAGUCCUCUCACAAAUCCCACCUAUGUGUAAAUGAUAUCCUAUUAAAAAAAAAAAAAUACCCAGGCAAGGUAAUGUACAUGAUAUGUGAGCAGAGAAUGAAGACAAGGAAGGUGUGCCUCUCAAACCUAACCCUAGCCCUGUGCUAUCUUACAGUUCAGCUCUACAAUUCUAUAACUGAAUUAGAUUUAAAAUCAACCAAAAUUUGGCAGUACAACACAAAGUAAUGUCAAUAUUUAUGGUCUAGGGCUUCAGUUGUGCUCCAAGUUGGGUCAGAUCACCUAAAGGUCAGUCAGAAGCUCUGGGAAGUGAAGAGCUAGUAAACAUCAGAAGUGAACAUUUUAUCACACAAAAGGUUGCCAACCCAUUAUCUACAGCAAUAAGAAGCAUACUGAGUAUAUAAAAUCUUUUUAUAUCAAUAUAUAACCUUAUAACACUAUAUAAUUUGUGUUAGCAUUCCCCUUCAUAAUAUCUUCUAUCUAAAGGCAACUUACUGUAAUGCUUCUAAAUUGUUACUUUUGCUGGCUAAUCACAACUUUUUCAGCAUCUCCUCAGUAUGUAAACCUAGUUAGAAAAACCCAAUACUCCUACUACGAAACUAGAAUGAUAAAAGAUCAUCUAUAUAGUUCUACUGUCAAAAGUCCAACUUGUUCAUGUUCCUUUCCUUUGGAAGUCUGGAUGUGUGUGUGUGUUUGUGUUUUAAGGUAAGGAAGAACUACAGAGAAGGUAAUAAUAAAAUUUACCUCUAUCCAAAGGACAAGCCUUAAAAAAUAAAGUGGAAAGUACAAUAUUUUGCUGCUCACCACUUAACCCAGGAUAGGGAAAGAAAUGUAGAAAAUACCCAGAAAGCUAUUAAUUGUUGAAACAAUGCCUUACUGUAUCACUUUCUAUAACAAUAAUAUAAUUUAUAUAUAGCACUUACAUAGUGCUUUAAGGUUUGCAAAGUAUCUUACAAAUUCUAUUUAAUUUUGCUAUUAGCACACUCAUUUUACAGAUGAGGAAACUGAGGCAGAAGUUAAAUGACUUGCUCAUGAGUGUCUAAGGCUGGAUUUUUGAACUCGGGUCCCUCCUGCUUCCAGGUCUGGUUUUCUAUACACUAUACCACCUACUUGUCUCUUAAUACAACAAUGAAAAGCAGCAACUAAAAUAAUUUGCCAAA